GCGAACGUAGCGAACGUAGUGAACGUAGUGAACGUCUCUGUAGCAAGGAAGGCAAGGAAAGGAGACGGCAGUAAGCGGAAGUGACGCUCUCCUCGCUCCGGGCGGAAGUUCCCCGCCCCACCCGUAGGAAUUGAGAUUUGACUAGAGGCAAGUGAGGAUCUUGCCCGGGCUCCAGUCGUCCACGGCUCCUCCUCCUGUCGCUGCGGGAGUGAUUCCUGGGACUCAGAAUAAAGUACCUACUGGAAGACCCACAAGUUUCUGGGGACUUGUCCAUACUUGUCCUGAUUGAGAAUUAUUCUAAUAGAUGUGUGCAGGAUUAUUUGAAGAGAUCAAAAAUGGAGAUGGACCACACAUCUCCGACCUACAUGCUUGCUAACCUAACCCACUUACAUUCUGAACAACUUCUGCAGGGCUUGAAUCUUCUUCGUCAACAUCACGAACUCUGUGACAUCAUUCUUCGAGUAGGCGAUGUUAAAAUCCAUGCUCACAAAGUGGUACUUGCCAGCAUCAGCCCAUAUUUCAAAGCUAUGUUCACUGGAAAUCUUUCUGAAAAAGAGAACAGUGAGGUCGAGUUUCAGUGCAUUGAUGAAACUGCUCUCCAAGCCAUUGUGGAGUAUGCCUAUACAGGGACUGUUUUUAUUUCACAGGACACAGUUGAAUCUCUCCUUCCAGCAGCAAACCUACUCCAGAUAAAACUUGUCCUAAAAGAAUGUUGUGCAUUUCUUGAAAGCCAGCUUGAUCCUGGUAAUUGUAUUGGAAUUUCUCGUUUUGCAGAGACAUAUGGUUGUCAUGACCUUUAUUUGGCAGCCACUAAAUACAUAUGCCAGAAUUUUGAAGCCGUUUGCCAGACUGAAGAGUUUUUUGAACUUACGUAUGCUGACUUGGAUGAAAUUGUUUCCAAUGACUGUUUGAAUGUAGCUACUGAAGAGACUGUUUUUUAUGCACUUGAGUCUUGGAUUAAGUAUGAUGUCCAAGAACGCCAGAAAUAUUUAGCACAGCUACUUAAUAGUGUGCGAUUACCACUGCUGAGUGUUAAGUUUCUCACUAGAUUAUAUGAAGCAAAUCAUCUUAUUCGUGAUGAUCGUACUUGUAAACAUCUUUUGAAUGAAGCCCUGAAGUACCACUUUAUGCCUGAACACAGACUCUCUCAUCAGACAGUCUUGAUGACCCGACCUCGCUGUGCUCCCAAAGUACUUUGUGCAGUGGGAGGAAAAUCUGGACUGUUUGCCUGUUUGGAUAGUGUGGAGAUGUACUUUCCUCAGAAUGACUCUUGGAUUGGUUUGGCACCCCUAAACAUUCCUCGCUAUGAAUUUGGAAUAUGUGUUUUAGACCAAAAAGUGUAUGUUAUAGGUGGUAUUGAAACUAACGUGCGUCCUGGCAUCACUAUCAGAAAACAUGAAAAUUCAGUAGAAUGCUGGAAUCCUGAUACAAAUACCUGGACUUCCCUGGAGAGAAUGAGUGAGAGCCGAAGUACCCUUGGAGUAGUAGUACUUGCAGGAGAACUUUAUGCAUUAGGUGGUUAUGAUGGACAGUCUUAUUUACAAUCUGUAGAGAAAUAUAUUCCCAAAAUAAGAAAAUGGCAACCAGUAGCACCAAUGACUACAACAAGAAGUUGUUUUGCCGCAGCUGUGUUGGAUGGAAUGAUAUAUGCCAUUGGUGGGUAUGGUCCUGCCCACAUGAACAGUGUGGAGCGUUAUGAUCCAAGUAAGGACUCCUGGGAGAUGGUUGCAUCUAUGGCAGAUAAAAGGAUUCACUUUGGUGUGGGUGUCAUGCUAGGCUUUAUUUUUGUGGUGGGUGGCCAUAAUGGUGUUUCACAUUUGUCAAGCAUUGAAAGAUAUGACCCUCAUCAAAAUCAGUGGACUGUGUGUAGACCAAUGAAAGAACCCAGAACAGGAGUUGGUGCUGCAGUAAUUGAUAACUACCUUUAUGUAGUUGGUGGUCACUCAGGGUCUUCCUAUCUGAAUACCGUGCAGAAAUACGACCCUAUCUCAGAUACAUGGCUGGAUUCAGCUGGCAUGAUAUACUGUCGCUGCAAUUUUGGAUUAACUGCACUUUGACAAGUGUGGACUUGUGGAAAUAGUGUAGUGAUGAACUUUGUGUCGCAUGAAAGGAUACCCAAUUCUCUGAAGCCCAAUAGCUACAUUGCUUUCUCUUUAACUUGAAAUGGCAUGAAGACUCAAAGAUUUGCUGGUUACUUUGAACUGACAAGUAGCUUUGGUUGCUCUUGAUGACACAGUAUAAUAGUCAAAAAAAAAAAAAAAGAACUUGCCAAUUGAAUUGUGCACUUUUUUUUUCUAAUACUGGGAUAGAAUAGUUUUAUGUUUAUGUGUGUACAUGUGGAGAAAACCUUGCUGCUUAAAAAAAAAAAAUAACUCUCUUCCUUUUCCUUGUCAUACACCAUGAUUUACCAGGAUGAGAAAUGCUUA